AUGGAGGGUCCGAGCAAUCAGCGUUUGGCGAGGAAUCCAGGCCAGCGUGCUCGGCGGCCUCGGGCAGCUCGUGCCUGCGAUUACUGCAGGCAGAAAAAGUACAAAUGCGAUGAAUUGUACCCCUGCUCCUAUUGCAAAGGUUGGUCUUCACCAUGCUAUUCAGAAUUGGCUUCCAAAGAAGCUUCAAACCGUCAACUGACAGCUGUGCAAGUUCGAGGUGUUGAAUGUGUGUACAAGGGCCAGAAUAUGUCUAGGCUUCGGGUCGCGCCAGACUACGUGAGGAAGCUUGAGACUCAAGUGAAGGAUCUAUCUUCCCGCAUUGAGGCCUAUGAAGUAACGGGAGCCAAAACAAUCGGCGGUAAACCGACAGGGACAACUUCCGGGAUUUCUACUCUGGACCAUGACCCCACACAGCAACCCGGGAUCAACCACGAUGACUAUCCAAUGCAAAGCAGUACAUUGCCCUGGGAGACUGGUCAAAAAGAACUAUCUGGUGUCAAUUCACACACUCGAGAUGUUGAAUUCUACGGCAGCUCCUCUUCUGUGGCUCUUCUCUCUCAUAUUCAGCGCACUGGGGAUGAGCCUGAAGGAGGUGACGCGAGUUCUCUUCUUUCCACCUUGCACAAUCCUGCUUUUGGACCAGCCAAAUUUCAAACAUCUCGUGAAAGAUGCAGGGAGAUCGAUUACCCAGAUAGUUCAAACUGGUUCCCACAAUGUCAUAAGUUUUUGGAUGCCUUCUUCACCACUCUCCACCAUGUUCACCCCAUUCUUAACAAGCAUGCCUUUUUGCAGCAUUGCGAUGUGUUGCGGUCUGGAAGCGAAGCUGAUGGCCCGCAGCUUUCAAGUUUUACGGCUCUGUACUUUAGUGUCCUCUCUUUGGGUGCGCUUGUGGGUACGAGAGAUGAUGAGCCAAUCGAUGGCGUCAAUAAUCUGCAAUGGAGCCGCAAAUUUUUUGAGAAAGCCAAAACCUGCUGCAACCAAAUAGGCAUGGUAACAGACCUUGAGAUGACUCAAUGUUACUUCAUGCUUGCCAAGGUGUGCCAAAAUGAGCUACAUCCUCACUUGUCGUAUAUGUAUGUUGGUCUUGCCAUUCGGACUGCUCUAGCCAUGGGCAUUAAUCGAGAGCCUGGAACAAAUGCGAAGAAAUCCACAUAUUUGCGAAAGGCAGAAUCAAGAACAUGGUGGUAA